UUUACAACAUACUAACAUUGAUAUAAUGGAAACACCGGCACAGAAAGUUAAACGGGUUAAGUUCAACGUGCACCAACUCCGACCAUAAAUCAAUCGUAAAAUCAUCGACACGAUGUUUUCCAGCUAGAAACGAUUAUAAUUUCACACAGCUGUAACAAAACAACAAAAAAGCAAACCGAAACACGUCCCACGUUAAUUGGAGCUCAUAAAAAGACGACGUUUCCAUAGAUAGAACCGAAAACCACAAAAUUACAAAAUCCACCAUUGAACCGCAGCACCAACCUUCGGGUUCGGGUUGACUUAGGACGAAGUCACACUUUUUGAGGCAGUCUGACAAAGUUGGUUGCGGUGGCUUGGCGUGAAAAUUUGAUUCGUUUAUAGUUUUGCUGGUGUUUUAUUUUUCCGAUCCCCACACUGACCUCGUCUGACACGGAAUGUUUUGUGACAUGCAACUGGCUCGGCUGUCUGCAGUCGGUCGGUGGAUCAAGACCGAAACCGGCUGCUUUUGUUAAUUAAGAAUUAUAACUAGUUUUAAUUAAUUCUAUUACGUUACUUUCUGCGCUGUGCACCGCUCUCGUUCUAAUCUGUAUCCCAAACACACUCAGGACGUAUUGGACUCGUCGAGUUUGAAGCCAUGGGGAGUUGGAUACAAGGGACACCAGUAUGGUGUUCUCCCCGCAAAGACUUGCAAGCUCGAUACAUCUUGCUUAGUGCUCGUUGGUCUUCUUUGAAGAUAUAAGCAAUUGCAGAUGGAAAACUUUCUUCAUGAUGAGUUGCGGUUCAGAGCUCCUUCUGAGCAAUGCACGAGUUCGGAUGCUUCUCAAGCAGUGUGGAAUUAUUGAAUUACACGCGAUGAAACUGGAACUAAUGCUUUUUAUUACCUACUUAAUAAAGCGGCCGCAACUUGUUGUAUUAUUUCUGUAAGUUUGUGUUUUUAUUGCCAGAUGAAUUAAAAGGUGGCUGAAAAGUGAAAAUCUCGUGGGAAGUCAGCUAAUUCAAUCAUAGCAAACAUUCUUCAUCGACGUCAUUAAACACUGUGAACCUUCAGAAAAAUGGCCACAAAACGUGUGAUUCCCUUGCUGGACCGUGUCCUUGUUCAACGCGCUGAAGCUCUCACCCAAUCCAAGGGUGGGAUCGUUCUACCGGAGAAAUCCCGUAUCAAAAUGCAAGAGGGUACUGUGAUAGCAGUCGGACCAGGAACUCGUAAUAUGCAAACCGGAGAGCAUGUUCCGUUGGCGGUGAACGUUGGUGAUAAAGUUCUGGUGCCGUUUGGAGGAGUCAAGGUUGAUCUAGGAGAUGGAAAACUGUACCAAUUGUUCCGUGAGUCAAACAUUUUGGGAGUUCUAGAGAAGAAACAAUAACAACCGGAGCAAGAAUUGCAAUAGUAAAUGUAACAUGGACGUGUAAUACUUUGAACAAGGUUCGUAAUUAGUCAAGCUUCCUCAAAAAUAAAACUGUGUAAUGUUCACUCCAAA